AUGCCACCAAUUCGCACCCAAAAUAGUCAAAAAUUGACAGAACAAGAGGGACGGAUAUUACUAGCUAUUCAGGCUAUUAAGAAACAAGAACAGCUCUCUAUUAGUGCAGCAGCACGCUAUUUCAACGUGCCUCGUACAACCCUCCGCGAUCGACUACACGGCCACCAAAACCGACGCGAAACACGUGCAAACGGUCAUAAAUUGACUGAAAUUGAGGAAGAAUCGCUUCAAAAAUGGAUACUUUCUAUGGAUAAUCGUGGAGCAGCCCCUCGGCCUACUACUGUACGAGAAAUGGCAAAUCUACUACUAUCCGCACGUGGAUCGACCCCAGUUCAAACAGUUGGCGAAAAUUGGGUCAAUAAAUACGUGAAAAGACACCCACAGCUUUCAACCCGAUUCUCUAGACGCUAUAAUUACGAGCGUGCGAAAUGCGAAGAUACAAAGAUUAUUCAAGAAUGGUUUGAUCUUGUUCAAAAAUCAAUCCUUGAAAAUGGUAUUGACCCGGACGAUAUCUAUAACUUCGAUGAGACUGGUUUUGCAAUGGGCUUAAUCGCAACUGCAAGGAUUAUAACAAGAGCCGAAUACUACGGUCGGAGAGCACUUUUACAACCUGGAAAUCGCCAGUGGGUAACUGCAAUUGAGUGUAUAGGUGCGUCGGGGUGGGCACUUCCUCCGUGUAUUGUUUUUAAGGGCAAAGUCUAUAUUAAAGGUUGGGGUGAUAGUCUUCCAAGGGAUUGGCGACUUGAAGUUAGUCCAAAUGGAUGGACCUCUGAUGAAAUUGGACUUCGCUGGCUUGAAAAAGUCUUUAUUCCUUUAACUUUUCCUCGUACAAAGGGGAAAUAUCGACUUUUAAUCCUUGAUGGUCACGGAAGUCAUUUAACUCCAAAGUUUGAUAAACUUUGUAGUGAAAAUGAUAUAAUUCCAAUUUGUAUGCCAGCACAUUCCUCGCACCUUUUACAGCCUCUUGAUGUUGGAUGUUUUGCGGUUUUAAAACGUUCGUACGGUCGACUUAUCGAGAAUCAAAUGCGGAUUGGGAUCAAUCAUAUCGAUAAAUUUGAUUUCCUCGAAGUUUACCCUUCUGCCCGAGACGAAGUAUUCAAAUUGGAGACAAUCAAAAAUAGCUUCGCAGCAGCUGGUUUAGUCCCAUUCAACCCUGAUCGAGUUAUUUCAAAGCUUGAUAUUCAACUUCGAACACCUACUCCCCCCUCAAGCCGGGGUAAGCCCACCAAGUCCGCUAAAUUCUAUGCUCAACCAGAUUUUAAAAGCUUGCCAAAUCAAUAUGCAAUCAAAUGCUUUUCUCGAGAAAGAAAUAAGCGAUUUACGCGCUGGAAUGGAGAAGAAGAAGCAAAAAAGGACUAG